AUGGCAAUCGAGACUCUCCUUGAUCUCAAUGACCUGUCAGUGGACGAGCUCGUGGGGAGACUCAAGGCAGCCAAGGAAUGCUACGGCCUCAGUGGCAACGGCGUUUCCUCUGCGGCGCGGCUCAACCUCACCGAAGAAGAACUUGUGGAUCGGGUGGUCUCCCGGCUACAAAUCUCGGGCGGCGGCUCUGGAGGCGGGCGCCCUCCGGCCUCGACCCAGAGGAGAGGACGCGGCGGUGGCUCAUCCCAAGGUGGGGGAGGCAGCAGCGCCCAGCCCCAGGGCGGUGGGAGCAACGGCGGCUCCAAACCUUCGGCCGACGGCAACGGCAAGAAGAAGAAGAAACUCGCCAGCGACGAGUGCACCUACUGCGGCAAGACGGGCCACUGGGCGCGUGGCAGCGCCGGAAGGAGCCCGAAUGUGUGGAGGACGUGGUGGGCGUCCACGUCGCCGACGGGAGCGUAG